AUGAAGGCAAUGGCCGACACGCAAACCAGUGACGGGCUUAUUCCUGAUAUCGGGCCAGAAAAUACAGUAUUCACCUAUGGUUACAGGGAUGACUCUGACUGGGGAAACGCGGUUUCAACCCUGGCCUGGCAGCUCUAUGAGACGUAUGGCGAUCUCAAACUCCUACGUGAUAACUACAGCAUGAUGCAAUCGUACGUUGCAUAUCUGUCCAACAAAACCACAACCUACAUCAUAAACAACUCGGGUCUGGGCGAUUGGAUCACCUUCGGCAACCGCACGCCGAAGAAUUAUACGGCAACCUUUGGAUACGAUCAAGCAGUGGAUGCUAUGGUCAACGUUGCUGCGAUACUGGGAAAACAUGAAGACGCACUGUAUUACACAACGUUGCGAACUAAUAUCAGCAAUGCCUGGAAUGCCAACUUUUUCUACGCGUCCAAUAGCUCAUAUGGUCCCACGCAGGCUGAUAAUGCCCUAGCAAUUCAGAUGAAACUCGUACGUCCUAGUGUUCACGUUGCAGUGGCAGGAAAUAUCCUAAGGGACAUUGCUGCAAAUGGGGACCAUUUGACGGUUGGGGAAAUCGCGUUGCCAGCACUCUUCGUCGCCCUUCAAUCCGUCGAUCGCAAUGACUUGAUACACAGAAUCGUAACCAACCCGACUUCCCCAUCCUAUGCGUAUCAGGUUCUCAAUGGCGCUACUUCGCUGAAUGAGCGGUGGAAUGGUCAGACGGCGGGAGCGUCUUUGAAUCAUUUCAUGCUUGGCUACGUUGAUAAGUGGAUCAUGGAGAUUUCCGGCAUGAAGCAGUCAAAGGGAUCAAUUGCAUGGGCGUCUGUUGAUUUCAGUCCGGUAUUCGUUGGCAACUUGACUUAUGCCGCGUCGAGGUACAGGAGCGCCCGUGGGUUAAUAGCCGCUCACUGGCGGCUUUCGGAUAGCCAAAUGGCGUAUAACAUCACGGUUCCUGUUGGAUCUGUUGGGAUAGUAUCAAUCAAAGGAUAUGAAAAUGUCUCUGAAGGAGGUGUGGACAUGAGUGGUAAGAUCUGCCGGAAGGGAUUCUCGAUGUGCGCAGCAAUGGUACUUAUCACACCAUCUCCAUUGGGUCCGGGACAUACAUAUUCCACGCAUGCUGAGGGAAAGUGCACAAUUAUAAGAAGCUAA